AACCUAUCUCAAAAUAUGCCAAAAAAUAAUGGUUGGUCGAUCGAUGAUGACCUCUUGCAUGCACAUAAAUACUUAACCCUUUCUACUUUCUUCAUAGUACUUGUCAUCAAAACCUUAAAUAAGGGAAGGGUAGGGUCGGUUCUUUGAAGAGGGGUUGACGUAUCUUGAAGAGAGAAAGAAAGUUUUUUGCAAGAAAAAUGAUAGGAUGGGAAGAUGUUUAUAAGGUGGUUGUGGCCAUGGUACCCCUCUAUGUGGCCCUAGUGUUAGGAUAUGGAUCUGUAAGGUGGUGGAAAAUAUUUACACCUGAACAGUGUGGAGCUGUGAAUAGAUUUGUUUGUUACUUCACUCUCCCUCUUUUCACCUUUGAAUUCACAGCCCAUGUUGAUCCUUUCAACAUGAAUUAUCUAUUCAUUGGUGCAGAUGCUAUAUCGAAGUUGAUAAUUGUGGUGGUGCUUGGUUUUUGGGCUAAGUGUAGUAGCAAAGGAAGCUACACAUGGUCCAUUACAAGUUUCUCUUUAUGUACCUUAACUAAUUCUCUUGUUGUGGGUGUGCCUCUAAUGAAAGCCAUGUACGGGCAAAUGGCAGUUGAUCUUGUGGUUCAAUCAUCUGUCAUCCAAGCCAUAAUUUGGCUUACCAUUUUGUUGUUUGUGUUGGAAUUUAGAAGAUCAGGACUUGACAUUUCUUCUUCUAAUACUAAUAGUGACAAUUUAGAGAAGGAUUUGGAGGGAAAUGCUAGUGGUGUAGAUCACAAUAACAUCAUUGCAAGCACUACCAGGCCUGCUUCUUUCUGGGUUUUAAUGAAGGUGGUGUGGAUCAAAUUGGCUAUGAAUCCUAACUCAUAUGCCUGUAUCCUUGGCCUUGUUUGGGCUUUUAUAGCAAAGAGGUGGAAUUUUGAAAUGCCAAGCAUCAUGGAGGGAUCAAUAUUGAUUAUGUCAAAGGCUGGUACAGGCACUGCCAUGUUUAGCAUGGGGAUCUUCAUGGCUUUACAAGAAAAGUUUAUUGCCUGUGGGACAGGCUUAACUGUGAUAGGCAUGGUUCUAAGAUUCAUCGCUGGACCUGCAGCCAUGGCUAUUGGUUCUAUUGCUGCGGGUUUGCAUGGUGACGUUUUACGAGUUGCUAUCAUUCAGGCAGCAUUACCACAAUCCAUUACAUCCUUCAUCUUCGCUAAAGAAUAUGGAUUGCAUGCAGAGGUGCUAAGUACAGCUGUGAUCUUUGGAAUGAUGGCAUCGCUUCCAGUGUUAAUUGCUUAUUAUGCGAUUUUAGAGUUUGUACAUUAGCCUUCUGAGAUAUUUUUCAAACAACGUUGGCAGAUGAAGGGACCAUGGAAUUGUUGGAUUAUUACUCACUUAAUUACCAUGUUUUAAUUAUACCCACUGCAACUCAAUUGCUUUACCACUCACUAAUCAAUAUCUUAUUACUUUAAUAUAUUUCAAUUUGUCAAUAUAAUUUUUAUGUA